AAUGUGGUUCGAAAUAACUUUAGCUUUGCUGUUACUACUAGUAGCGCUUUUAUAUGUUCAUCUAACGUUUCGUUAUCGGUAUUGGUUGCGCCACGGUGUCGUCUACGUCAAACCCACUCCUAUAGUAGGUAAUCUAGGACCUUUGUUGCGCAUGCAAUGCGCUUCUGCUCAUAUGAUGCAAACGAUUUACAACUAUCCCGCAGCUGGUGACAAACCUUUCGUUGGCAUAUAUAUUUUUGACCGUCCUGCUUUGCUACUGCGCGAUCCUGAGCUAAUAAAACGAAUUCUAAGUAAGGAUUUUCCAAAAUUUUCUAAUCGUUUUUUAAACACGGAUUAUUACGGCGACCCUCUCGCCUCUCGGAAUUUAUUCUUUCUCAAAAAUCCUUUUUGGAAGGAAGUGCGUUCUAAACUGACUCCUUUCUUUACGAGCUGGAAAAUGAAGCAAAUGUUCCCUCUGGUUGAAGAAGUGGGACUUAAUCUUAAUGAAUAUCUCUUGAAAAUUCCUUUAAAUAACAACAAUAGUUUUGAACUGGAGCUUAAGGAACUUUGCGCAUUAUAUACCACGGAUGUUAUUGCAACUGUGGCUUUCGGUAUUCAAGCGAAUUCUUUUAAAUAUCCAAAUGGAGAAUUUCGUCGCAACGGUCGUGAAAUAUUUCAUUUUAGUACCAAACGUGCCUUAACUUUUAGGGUCGUCUUUUUCUUGCCAUAUUUAAUGCCGUAUUUGGGUCUGAAAGUUGUUUCAACGGAGCAAACGGAAUUUUUGCGGUCUACAAUGAAUCCUAUAUUGGAGGAGCGAGAGAAAUCGGGAAUAAAACGUCACGAUUUAAUCGAUAUCCUGAUAGAAUUAAAAAAUCAAAGCAAGACACAGUCAAGCCAGGACGGUUUCAAAUUUGAAGGCGAUGUCUUGGUUGCUCAGGCGGCUUUAUUUUUUACAGCUGGAUUUGAGUCAACCUCGGCAACAAUGUCUUUUGCUUAUACGAAUUGGCAAAACACUCCGAAAU